AUGGAUCCUGUCUACAAUGCCAAAGGCGAUACGGAGACGGCAGAACAUAGCGAGGGAGGGGUUCUCUCCAGCAAGGUUGAUGGUGAUGGUUUUGCGCCUUCCGCCGAGAAGCAUCUCGACCAUGGAAUUGACCCGAUCAAUGCUGCCCAGUUGCCUAAGGGCUACUACUACAGUCCGCUGAUCCUAGGAACCUUCUUUGCUGUUGCACUAGGCCUCACGUGCGGAGCUGGCGUAUUCGCCAUGACAGCGCCUGUCCUGGGUGUCAUCAAUGCCGAGAUUGGCCCCAGUGCAAACAUCACCUGGGUUGCUAUCGUCUACAUCCUCAUGCUCGGCAUUGGAAGUCUGAUGGUUGGCCGUCUGACCGAUAUAUUUGGCCGCCGAUGGUUCUUUGUUGGAGGGUCAUUCCUAGCCGUCAUUGGAAACAUCGUGUGCUCAAGAGCCCAGAGCGUGCCUACAAUGAUUGGUGGGAUGACCAUGAUUGGCGCUGCAACGGCCUCACAAGCCUCCUUCGUCUUUGUGACCGGGGAGCUGGUACCGAUACGCUGGCGCUUCAUCGCCAACGGUGCGGUUUACAUGCUGGGAACCCCGUUCAACAUAUUCGGCGCCAAGAUCUGCACCGUCAUCGUUCAGAACCUGGGCUGGAGAUGGAUCUACUAUAUCAUGAUCAUCCUCAAUGGCAUUUGUUGCCUAUGUUGGUUUGCCUUUUAUCACCCGCCGACGUUUCAUAUGCUCCAUCACGAUCAGUCCGCGAAGAGCCUAAUCCUAGGCUUUGACUAUAUCGGCUUUGUACUCUUCUCAGCCGGUCUGACCCUAGUGAUGCUUGGACUAAGCUGGGGAGGUCAGCUAUACGAAUGGAAGAGUGCCCACGUCAUAUGCACCAUCACCAUUGGAGGCGUCUCGAUGAUCGCAUUUGUCAUCUAUGAAAUUGUCUUCCAGCCCAAAGAGCCAUACAUCCCAAUGAGACUGUUUCGCAAGCGCGCAUACAACGCCUCCGUCUUCGCCAUCGGAGUUGUUGCAAUGGGCUACUACGGCUUUAGCAUCAUAUGGCCGACAAUGGCAGCUACUCUCUAUCCUUCUUCCCCGUCCACAAAUGGCUGGAUGAACCUGGCGGCCUCUGGACUAUUCGCCUUUGGAGACCUAGUCGGCUUGCUGGUCGGUUCUUUCAUCCGUCGUCUACGGUACUUCAUGAUUGGGUGCAUGGUGAUUGGCACGGCACUGGCCGGCGCCGUUGCUGUCGGCACGCAGCACAACAUGGGAACAACAAUCACACUCAUGGCCCUCGGCUGUUUCUUCCUAGGAGUUGUCGAAAGCAUAGUCCAGACUCUUGCCGGCAUUGCCAUUGACGACCAGAACGACAUCGGCGCGGCGGUCGGGUUCUCGGGCUCGGCUCGUUCUUUUGGAGGAGCACUGGCGACAACGAUCUACAGCACGAUCCUUGCCAAUCGCCUGAAAACGACAAUCCCCGCCCUGGUCCCUGCUGCUGUCAUACAGGCAGGGCUACCGCCGGCUUCCCUCCCGGCCUUGUUACAGUUCUUCCAAGGAAUGCUGCCGGCAGACAAGGUUCCCGGGCUUACUCCAACCAUCUUGGCAGUCGGUACUGAUGCAUACCAAACUGCGAGUGCGCAGGCUUACAAGACUUGUUUCCUAACGAGCAUCGCCUUUUGCGCCUUGGGGCUGAUUUCGGUCUGCUUUUGUGAUGAUCUAGACCCGAAAACGGAUCAGAUUGUUGCAAAAGAGCUCCAUCACUGGGGCGACGAGAAAGGCGCCAUCUCAGAGAAGUGA